AUGGGCGACACUCCAGGCGUUCACCGCUAUGUGUCGUUCCACGAGCGGCUCAAGCAUAUCAAUAUCGACCUGGCGCGUGAGUCUGGUACCACAUGGGGUGCAGCAUCGGGCCUACAAGUGUCGGGCCUGGAUGCGCCUGCGAGUGUGUUUGCUGAAGCGACAGGCGCAGCCGAUGUCUCGACCGUGGCCGAGGCGUCCGACAUACACAGCACGGCGUUUGGCACGGCGCUUGAGCAGUGGUACGAGCUGAACCUGAGUCUACCAUUCCACACAUUCCAUGCGCGUGUUAUGCCCAUGGCCCAGUCUCUCGUGCUGCUCCUGCACCACCGCGACGAGAUCGCCGCUGCGCUCGACACGUUCCUUAGCGACACGCAGCACUGGCUCGCAUGGGACGCGCUCUUGGAUCUUGUGCCGCGCAUGGCCUUUGACCUAGGACCUGAGUUUUUGCAUGUGUACCAAAGGCUUCUUACCGCCGUGUUGCGUGCUUCGUGCACGAUGCACAAGAACCUGACGCACGGCGACGAUGCACUAGCUGCUCGGAUUGUUGAGCGCGCCUUCCACAGUGCUGCAUGGCUUUUUCGUGCCGUGUCGUCGCUCAUGCGAACUGACGCUCCCGAUAUCCUACUUACGAGCUGGUCGAUUGUGCGUGGCGUCUUGAUCGACAAGCAGACCACAUCUCAUGCAUGGCGCUUUGCUACGGAAGCUCUAUCUCAUCUUAUCCGCAAGGCGCCCAUCUCUCACCUCCAUGCACUCCAGGCACGCAUGAUCGCUGAUGCCGAUGACGCAUCGGCAGAGGGGAUCGCUGCCACAUGGGCGAAUAGCUGCCAGUCCGCCUCCCAUACCCUGCACUCAAGAACUCGAGAGAUGCUGUCCUGUGUGCUUGUGCUGGAUGCGCAGCCUGUUGAGUUGGUCCGCCGCCUUGGAUCAUGGAUCAUCACCUCGUUGGUGCAUCACGCCCAUGCGGAGGACAUGGACCCUGUCUUUGAUAUGCUUCUGUGUGCUGACGCAUCUGGCGACGCUUUACAUACGCAGCUGGUGUGGAUCACGACAGCUGUGGGCACACGAAAAGGGACGCGCGUAUCUGAUGACGCUGAGGCGCGCCUACUAGGAUGGCUCCUGCACCUGGACGAGCGACUUGUGUGGACCGCGGACCAUGUACCGCUCCUCGAGGCGUAUACGGCACUCGUAUCUGCGGCGCUUCUCCGUGCACGUGUCCAGGACAUGACAUCGCAUGGCAAGCGCCUACUAGAUGCCUUUGCACAGCGGCCGACUCGCGACCACUUUGCUGUGCCUUGGUCAGCGCUGCAUGGCCUGAUCCGCGUCCUCAGCGAUCCCGCCGUGGCAUGGCGCAGCUUUCGCGCCUUUGGCCUGCCAGGUGCCCUUGAUGCCACGACUCGAGCGUUGGAAGUGGACGAGGCGUCCGCUUUGGCGCUGCUAGUGCAGCUCGAGUCUCAAGGUCACUUGGCGCCGCUCCUCGAGGCGCCGCCAACGACGGUGGUCCUCCGCUGGGCGAAGCGCAUGCGCCACACUGUCCAGCGCCGUAUUGAUGCCCUUGCCGAGCACCUCGAGCGCACCUCGCUGGAUACCGCUGGGUGGGAGUGCCUGCUGGCUGUCCCACUCGCAUACCUCUUUCCAGCGCACAUCGAUACGCUCGCGACGUCGCUAGUGCGGUGCAUCCAUGCGGCUAAGGACGCCGACGUGCUGGGCAUUCUGAUGGCGUCUCUUGUGCGCUGCAAAGCAACGCGCGCGAUCAGUGACAUGCUGGCGGAUACGAACACGUUUGUGCGUCUGCUCCAACCGAAUCGUGCCGUGCUCCCGGCCAUGGCUGACAUGGUGCGCAUGUCCCAGCGUCAGCUCGACGUGUCGGUCGUAUGGCCUUGUCUCACUGACGCCAUCCGCGACUCGGACCGCGUUCUCGUGCGUGCGGCUCUCGAUAUCCUUGCGUCGACGGUACACGACACGACCAACGUAUUCAAGAUGCUCUCCGAUGUUGAGGGCAUGGCACUCGAAGUCCAAACGAUCGCGACGCGCAACACUAAACUGCGACAGACGCAGCGCGAGGCAUGCCGCGUCCUUGCGCGCGACGACAUACAGCUCGAAGCACUCGUGCACUAUACGGUCGGCACGCUCCGGCUCAAUUUCCGGCCAGUGUGGGCCGCGAGUCGUGAUACGCUCGUAGCCCUGUGCUCAGCGGUGCCCGAGUCCGUGUGGCGUGUCUCGUUCGCCGAGCUCCGUAUGACGGAGGCUCUUCUCCAGCAAGGCACGCUUCGAGUGCCUGCUUCUGUGGAGUCAGAGGCUGAGGAGGACGUGGAGACCACGGCCCUUGCUUCGCUGACCGAUGCCGCCUGGCAGCAGCGGUGGCAGUGGAUGCAGCGGCACCUAUGCCUUACGAGCACGUCGCCCACGACUAUGGCGCAAGACAUGCUGCAUGCGCGCAGCGCAGCGCCGGAUGUGCGACUGGACGUUGCACACUAUGCGAGCGAGAUACUGCGUCUGUAUGCGCAGCACGUAUCGCUGCCUGAGCGGCACAGUGCAGCGUUUGUGCCGCAUGUCCAAGCGCAGUGGACGUCCAUCGUCGAUGCUGACGAGGCGGUCAUGCCGACGGCGCUGCGUGCUGAGCGCCUGCGUCUCAUUCUCGAUGUGUUUGGUGCCUUCCAUCACGCUGCACGGAUGCACGACGCGGCUGACAUGAAGGCGCGGUUCCUGGCUCUGUGUGCGGAUCCGGAGCUGGUCGUGCAGCGUGCGGCUCUGGACUGCCUUCUGACGUGGCGAGACGCAUGGCUCGUUGCGCACACGGAGAAACUGCAUGCGCUUCUCGAGCCCGCCAAGUUCCGCGACACCCUUGCGCAGCUCGAUUUGUCCGCCUCGUCCGAGCAGUGGGGCUCGGCACGGCCGCUGACGAUGCAGGUCAUCCUGCGCCUCCUGUAUGGCAUGCUGGUCUCACGGCGCGGUCUGCGCACGAGUGGGGCAGGCCAAGGCGCGCGGCGCACGGCCAUUCUUGCGGCGCUAUUCGAGUGUGCGCCCGAUGAGCUGGGCCUGCUAGCUGACCUCAUGCUGACGUCGUUUGCGGAUCGUCUCCCUGAGCCACGCAAGCAGCUCGGUUUCCUCGGUCUGCUGGGCGACGUUCUCGAGCAUCUAGGCAAGCCGCUUGCUCCCUCGAUGCCGCGCUUCGUGCAUGUGGUCAUUGCGAUCGCAGCGAGCGCCGAGCCCAGCGAUCCGACGAUGCGCCUGCUCCGCCGGACGGCCCUUCGGCGACUUGCUGAUCUUGUGCGCUACGCCCACGUCGACUGGGCGCCGUUCCGCACGCGCAUCCUCGACGACAUUGUACUCCCGCGUCUGAAGACGUUCGCCGAGGACAGUGUCCAAUCGCCAUCGUCCCUCUUGGAUCUGUGCAACGCAUGGGCCUCGCAGCACUCGACCCUGUUGUGCUUCCUCAGCGACGAGCGCGUCCUGAGCGGCGUGUAUGCCGGUCUGUCGAGCGCGAGUAUCAAGCCUGCUGUGGCGCACACGAUCUUGGAUAUCGCUGAGCGUAUUCACGACGCGGCGAGCGACGACGACGAAGUUCGCGACGUGAUUGUGGCGCCCACAGCGCCUGCGCUGCUCACGCACCUUGUGCCACUCGUUCGACACACGGUACACGCGUCGUUCGCCUACGAACUCGCCUCGCGCGAACGUGAUGAGCUCCUGCGCAAAGAGCUCAGCACCAUGUCAUACCUGGCGCCGCACAUGACGAGGGCCGACGAGGCAGCCGCCGUACUUCAUCUGCUCGUGCCGCUCAUGGAGCACAGUGCACGCGCCGUGCAAGAACGCGUCAAGACGGAACUCCUGCGCACGGUGACUCUCCUCCUGCCGCGCGCCGGGCAUGCCGGCCCGGACGUCGACGUGCUGUACGCUCUCUUUGCGCGCCUCGGAGCUGAGCUCCAGUCGCCGCCUGCACGCGCGCAGUACACCCUGGCGUUGUCUGAGCUCGCCAACAUUGACCAUGGUCUGAAGCGCGUCACGACAUGGGUCGCACAGCUCAAUGCGUACCACAAGCUGCAUGAGCCGGAUAUGGAUACGCGUCUCGAGGCAUGGGACGCCAUCCUCGCUCCUAGCCCAGCCAUCGACGCCCGCGAAUGGCAUGCUCUCCUGUACCAGGCCCUUUUUUUCGUGAUGGACACCGACGAGCUCGUGCUCCGUACGAAUGCCGCUGCGCUGCUCCAGCACUUUGUCAAAGCGUCCGUGAGCGUGGAUACCCUCCCCCUGGUGCGCGACGUGUUCCUGCCGUCCGUGUACCGCCGCCUGCACACGCGCGCUGAGCCCGUGCGCAAGGAGCUGUUCAACGUGCUGGGCGUCGCCGUCGCCGAGCUGCACACGCACCUGCCGCCGUUGGCGGAGCUGCACGUCCUCCUUGCCGGCGACGACGAAGCAAGUGUAUUCACGAAUCUCUUCCAUAUCCAAGCGCACCGCCGCGUGCGCGCCAUGCACCGCCUCGCAGACGCAGCGAGUCAGCUGCGCAGCAAGACGCUCUCUGAGCUCCUCGUCCCGCUCGUCUGGCACUUUCUGCUGCCCAACGCCUCCGGUGGCAUCGACAUGAACAUGGCGAACGAGGCCCUUGCGUGCAUCCGCCGCAUGGCCUCGCACCUGCAGUGGGGCCACUACUACUUUUGGCUCAAGCGCUUCCUACGCGAGCUCCAGGAACAUGUGGCGAAGGACGACACGUCCGCUACGGAACGACUGCACGUGCGUGGCAUUGUCGGUGUGCUGGAAGCGUUCCACUUCGACUGCACCCAGCACGUGGACCAUGUGGAUGAGGAUGCGACACCGACACAGCCCGACGGGCCGCCGGCCGCCGUGUCCCUGCACCUUGCCACUACGAUCUCGACGCGUGUCCUUCCGCCUCUCUACGAGGCCCUGCAUGCGGAUGAAAACCGUCUGCCACCCCGUCUGCCCCUCAUUGUCGGAGCCGCGCGUCUGGCGCUGCAUCUCCCGGCGGACCGCCGCCCCGUCGAGCUGUUCAAGGUGUUUGGCGAGCUGGGCCGUGCCCUCCGCAGCAAGCUCCAGUCGACGCGCGAUACAUGCCGAGCGAUCGCCCUCCAAAUGCUGCAGGCGAUCGGCGCGACGUACCUGCCGGACGUCGUGCACGAGCUCCGGCGCAUGCUCACUCGCGGCCCGCAACUAGCCGUAUGUGCUUACACGAUUCACAGCCUGCUUGUCGCGCUCAGCACCGGGGACGCACCGCCUCUCACACUGCUGGACCGCGGCGUGCGUGAUAUCACCGAGGCCGUCAUGGAAGACCUGUUUGGCCUCACCAGUGAAGACCGCGUGACCGUCGAGUUCCGCACCAAAGUCAGGGAGCUGCGGCAGAGCAAGAGUCUCGACUCAUUUGAGCACCUCGCUCGUCUCGCCGAUCCAGCGUCUCUGCAAGAGCUCCUCAUCCCCCUGCGCGGCGUCCUCGCCACGUCCAUCGAGCCCAAGGUCGUGCACACCGCACACGAAUGUCUGCACCGCAUCGCAUCCGGCAUGAGUGCGAAUCCGCAUCUCGAUGCUCAAGCGUUCCUCGUGCUGUGCUACACCCUCAUUGCCCGCGGUGAAAAGGCACUCCAAAGCCGCGUCGAUCAAGCGCCCCACCUCGCACAAAACGCUCAUCUGUUUGUCGAGCUUGGCCUCGAUCUGCUCACGACCGCACUUCGUCGCUCGCGCUUCGACAUGCACGACCAAGACACGGUCGCCAAGCUCGUGCCGCUGAUUCGGGCGGUCGGCGAGACGCUGUAUGCGCGCCAUGCACCUGUCGUCGAGCGUGGCUUGCGUGCCGCUGCGGCCCUCGCACGGUGCCCACUGCCCACGCUGGAUGAGGCUCUGCCCGUCAUGCAAAAGCAGAUGCUCGUACUUCUCCGGCAUGCCGGCGGCAUUCACUCCGCCAUCGCACAAACGACACUCCGUGCUCUCUCUGUGGUCAUUCGCGAAGGCCGCGCUAAAGCGCCACCAGCUCAGCACCUCACCGAGCUCUUGCACCUCGUGUCGUCGGACCUGGACGCGCCCGAGUCCCAGGGCAGCAUCUUUGCUCUACUGCGCGCCAUCGUGUCACGCGCGUUUGUCGUGCCUGAGAUCUACGAUGUCAUGGACCGCAUCGCCGAGCUGCUCGUCACGAGUCACGACGCGCAAGUCCGCGAGGUGUGCCGGUCCUUGUACCUCGCCUUCCUCCUCGACUAUCCACAGGGCCACGGCCGUCUCAAGAACCAGCUCGAGUUCCUCGCGAAGCAUCUCGCCUACGAAAGCGAAGGCGGCCGGCGCAGCGUCCUGGAGCUCGUCGGCGCGAUCCUCGCCAAGUUCUCACCAGAAGUCGUCGCUCAGUACGCACAACUCUUCUUUGUGGCUCUCGUGAUGCAGCUGGCGAACGAAGAAUCGACAGCCUGCAGAAAGCAAGCGGCCGAUGUGCUCGGCACACUCCUGCAUGUCUUGCCAGCCAACGAGCGCGAUGGACUCCUGCGCAUGACCCGGCCGUGGGCCAUGGCGCAAGGCACGCCCCAAGCUCAGAAACUCGCUGCCGUGGCUUUACGCGUGUAUGACAUUGCCGCAGCGUCCGAGUGCCCUGCCUGGGCGGCCCAGGACGCAGCUACCGCUGUGGCUCAUGUGCUCACCCACAGCGCCGAGGCCAUGGACGAGGAUGUCGUGUCAUGGCAUCUGACCUACCAGGCCCUCCAAACCAUGCAGACACUGGCGCGGGACGCCCAUGCAUGGACCUCGCUCGCCGCCUGUAUACCCCACGUCCUCACUCUGCUUACGCUGCCGCACGCCUGGUGCCGUAUCGCGGCAUGCCGCGUCCUCGGCGCGUACUUUGCCGCGGGCCAUACCCUCGACGCGAGCGAGUACGUCCGUGCCGCUCGGCAGCUCGUGGCACAGCUGUACAGCGCCUUUCUCGACGACGCUCUUGUCCUCCAAAUCGUGCGCAACCUCGUCUUUCUCGGCAAGGCGUUUGCCAAUGGCGACGCGGAUGGUGUCGAGGACAGCGACAGCGACGACGUCGAGGACGAUGUCGCUCCUCGUCUCGCCUGGUUGUAUACGAAGCUGUCGCACACAGCACGGCUUGACGACGGCCACACAAGACCGGCUUCAGGUCCACAGCGCGUCGGUGCCGUCCUCAAAUGGUUUGCAGCGAUGGCGACACAGCUCGAUGCGUCGAUCACCACCCACUUUCUCGUGCACAUUCUCUCGCCCCUCCAACGCGUCACGGACGACGAGCAGGCACCCGACGAUCUCAAGACACUCGCGAGCGAGGUGCAAGACCUCAUCCAAGCACAAGUCGAGACCACCGCCUUUACACGGGCCUAUGCUCACGUCAAGCAGACGCGUCUCGAGAAGCGGCGCGUCCGCAAGCACGAGCGGCUGAUGGAAGACGUCAUGGACCCUGAGCGGGCCGCCAAGCGGCGUGCAUCGCGCAAUACAGCAAAGCACGAGAGCCGAAAACGCAAGCACGCGCACUUUCGCGACAUACGGCAAUCUGGCAAACGGACCAAAAAGACCGACUAG